GCUGUAGUUCGGGGUGCGUUCAAGAAGCCAAAACGGAUCCGUGUUCAGUGAUGUUCCACAGCUGUUCUUUAUCAGCGAAGGCACCGUGACAGCGGCUGCUGAGCUGUUUUGAAUGCAGCUUCCAUUAGACGAAGCCGUCUCUGAGCAGCAUCUCAUUUAUUAUCGCUCCACACUGGAAAGAUUUAAAGCUGGAGGAGAAAAGCUGCUCCGCUGAACGCCACAUUUGAUGCUUUAUUCAGCCGUUCGGAGCAGUUUAUAGUGAUGAUGCGGGACCUGUUCUGAGCGGCGAUCAUCCACGGGUGGAUCUGGCGCCCGUCAGCGGCUGAGACAUCAUUAACGAUCCGCGGCGAGACUGACGAGGCGGGACCGCCGACAGGAUGGUGGAGCGGUCGGACCGAGCCCCGCUGCUGGACUGGGAGGAGGUUCCGUCCGCGGAGAAGCCCGGCGGCGCGGCGCCGGCUCCCGCCAAGGACCGACUGUCGAGCCCCUCCAACCCCCGCGCCACCCCGGGAUGCUCCGCGCCGGUGUUUGGGUGGAGCAGCGGUCCGGGGGGUCUCGCUCCCUGCAGGUCAGCCUCAGACGGCUGCGGCACCCCUCCCACGACCUCCGGAGCCCCAGCGGGCAGGGAUGAGGGGCUGCGACCCGACGAUGAGGAGCAUCUGUCGGACUCGGGACCCGGGGAGGUGUCGCUGGAGGACAGGAUGGUGAAAUGGGAGGAGAAGGACCAGAUUGUGUCGGUUUUUGUGGUCGCGUUCAACACCAGAUCAGGAAACAUGCUGGAGUGGUGUUUGCCCAAAGACAUGGACCUGGAGGGAGUCGAGUUCAAGGCCAUCGCCAGCGGCUCCCACCGAGUCACCACAGACUUUAUAUACUUCCGGAAGGGCUGCUACUUCGGCCUGGCCUGCUUUGCCAACAUGGCGGUGGAGAGCACGGUGGAGAGGGGGGCGAGGAUGAAGUCGGUGGGGAUCCUGUCUCCUUCCUACACGCUGCUCUACCGCUACAUGAGCUUCCUGGAGCACCAGGUCAGGCUCCAACUCCAGUCCCCAGGCCACUACUCCCCACUAGAGGCUUUUUAUGAGGACAAAAGAGCACUCCUGCCCCCUAGUGGAGAUGGUGUUGUUACUGCGUGUCCAGCCAUUGCCUGGGGAGCUGCACUUAACCACAGCAUGCACCCUGAGAUGAAGAUCACCCACCCCGCAGGCUGCAUGUCCCAGUUCAUCCGCUUCUUUGGCGAGCACAUCAUGGUGCUGUGGAAACUGGCUCUCCUCCGCAGACGCAUCCUCAUCUUCUCCCCCCCUCCCGUGGGGGUGGUCUGCUACAGGGUGUACUGCUGCUGUUGCCUGGCGAACAUCUCCAUCCCUGGGGUCAGCGUGGCCGUGCCCGAGUUCCGCCCCUUCUUCUACGUUAAUGUGGCCGACAUCAGCGCCCUGGAGAACGAGCUCUCCUAUGUAGCAUGUACAACUGAGAAGAUAUUUGAGGAGAAGAAGGAUCUCUAUGACGUGUAUGUAGACAAUCAGAAUGUAAAAACCUACAGAGACGGCCUGAAGCCUCUGCUCCGCCUCAGCACCGCAGACCGGGAGAAAUAUCGCAAGCUCACAGAGCAGAGGCAGAUGUUGCUGUACUCCCAGGAGGAGAAUGGAGACUGUGUGUCCAGUGAGGAGGAUCUCUUUAUUCUGUUCUUCUUGGAGCAGAACAACCGGAUUUUCCAGACCCUGAGCGAGGUGGCGGGAAGCCCCGACCCCACUCUGACCCAAGAGAGCGUGAGGGCCAUGGGUCUGGAUCCUCACGGAGACAGGCUCUUCCUGCUCCACCUGCUGGAGAUCUAUGGCUACGACACCCUGCUGGUAUCCGAACAGCUCUGCUGCAGCUGAGUCAGAACGGACGGCCCAACUGUUUUUCCGCUUUUCAUCACUGCUGGAUUUAAGAAGGGAGUUGAUCUGCCUCCAGACGGCUCCACGUGCUGCACUACUGGCGUCCUGGAGUCUUCAGGACCCUGUGAGCCUCCAGAAACAUCUCUGGUAUGACUUAUUCUGUCGUUCACCUCCCUGUCCUCCUUCUCAUCACCCAGCGAUGGAGAUAAACUCCCAGUGGAGAUGGAUUCCACAGCAGGAAUAAUUCUUUGGGGAACGUACGGUACAAGCAUUUCAUUUGAAGGACAGAAGAGAAGAUGUGUAAGAUGAAGUAUUUGAACAAAACGUGUGAUGAUGCUUAAUGUUUGAAAGUGAAAGAGAGGCUAUCUGUAAAUAAUCUUUUUCCUCCUUUGUGUUUAAUGCUGUUUUGCUAUCCUGGUAUCAAGUGCUGGAUUUAGACAUCCCAUUUUAAACCUCUAUUUCCAAAUCAGGUCAAACCGCCUUCGUCUUCAAGAUCCAUGUCUGUAACCACUGCUGUUAAAAGUGGAAAACGACCAGUUGAUGGAUUUGGCUUCUACAGUCUUUAAAUGUAACGUCAUGACGAAAGAUAAUCCUUUUUUUUUUAACCUGUGCUCAAACCAAAUCAGAUUCCUAAUGAUGUCCAGCAGGUAAAGGCAGGUGGAGAUGGCUUGUACACACUCUGUCAGCUGGGAUUUCAGAAUAAGCUGUUACACAGAGUCAGAACAAUGUUUAGUGUUUUUCUCAGAGGUCCAGUUAUUUUAUGUCAUAGACACAAACUUGAUAUUUGAACAACAAUCAUGCAGCCAAGUGCAGAAGAGAUCUUGUUUUUAGCAGUGCAUAUUUUCGAAGAACACCCCAGCGUGCCACUGUUCUUUAAGGUAUUUUGAAUUCCUUCAACAGUAAAACCGGAGAGUAUCUUACUGUGUUGUUGAUACAGGAGAAGUUUCUUUGCUGUCGGGAAUUUCAAGACAGAAACCCAGACAGACAGGUGACUAUAGAACUGCAUUUAAAAUUAGUACGUUUUAAUGUUUCGUCUGCAGCCUGUUCCCAUUUCACACAAGUCACCAAACAAAACUGGGUUUGUGUUAUUGCAAUUUUAAGAAGGUGCAUAAAUAAUUUAUAGACCACUAAGGGGCCAAAAUGUUUAGAUUGGCAGCAACACCAGCUGCUACUAACCUUUUAAUGGUGUAAACACACAAGCAAAUAACUAUAAUUACACCAGCGCUCGCCAAAAAUAUCAGUGUCACAUCCUCCAUCAAUGAUUUAGCUCCUCAGCAGCUCUUGACAAAGGGAGCCUCAUCUUUUACCAGCUAGCUACUGACUCAGUAGUUAUCGUUUCAUUGCUGGAUGGCUAUCGCAACUUUAUCCCCAACAACUUGGUGCUGUGAACAGUUGAUGAGCAAGUGACAGUAAUGUCCCAUAAACCUGAAGUUAUUUAAAAAAAGAACCAUGCAGCUUUUAGAAAUGUCUUCAUUUUAUGAGACAUCUUUAAUCUCAGCCUGCAUUCAUUCAUUGAUCAGGUUUAUUUGAGUAAAUUAGCAGAAGGUCCAUGGUCAGGGGGAAAUUCCUCAAGAAUACUAAUUUAAUCAUUUGCACAUGAAGUAUAGUAUGCUGUAAAAUACAUUAUCUGAAACAAGAAGUUUGUGAUGGAGAACAUCCCAAGUCAUUAUAUGUUUUACAGUGAUUCUUAUCCAUGUCAUUUUUAAAAUCUUUUUAUUUAGUUUAUGUUGUUUAGCUGUAAAUGUUUUUCAGUGUAAAUACUCCAGUGGCUGUAAUUAUCUGUGAACAAAUGGGAUCAGUUGAAUGUGUUUUGUAAAACGAUUACGAUCCCACUGAGCCUCCGUGUGUCACUGAAAUCCUAGGUGUUCCACUGUCAGAAAAGAACUCAGUGUAUUGCCUUACACAUCCUGUACAAAGUAAACAAUGUAGUCAAAGGGGUAGUCCAACUCAUGUUAAAACACUUUCACUUUAUUUAUUUUACUGCAAAUCAUUUCAGAAAUAAAGUGCACAGCCACUUGUGAAGGAAA